GGUUUUUCUUCUUCUGCACCUAAAUAUACGCCCAGAAAAUUCCUCUGGUCACCAAACCAAACCAAAACCUACGCUUUCUUUGAAAAUUCUGAAAGGAAACGAUAAGGGUUUCGAUAAAAAUCAUUCCUUUUUGACUCAAAAGACGCGUUUCUCACAUUUUUUGGCGUUUCUUCUCUGGGUUUGUUUUGUCUCUGGACAAAGACGAUCACGGGUUUGUACCUCUUCGUGUGUACGCGUGUGUCUUGGAUUUUGCGAAGAGGGUUUGGAGUAUCGUUUUGUUUGUGUGGAUACGAAGCGAUUUUCUCGUGUUCUUCACUUGUUUGAAGGAUCUCGUUGUGCUUUGAUUGAUCCCAGAUUACGACUCGCGGUGUUACGCAUAGCAGGUUCCUGGCUUCUCUACUGUCAGGAGGGGCCUUGAGUCUUUGGAGUUACCACAGUAGAGAGAAACCCAGUGGGUGACUUUUGAAACCCCUUCUUUAUCGAGUGCUACACAUUUUCGCUGUGAAGCUACAAUCAGAAGACAUGGGAAUAUUUUCGCGCAGGUCAAGAUCUUGUCUCUCUCUUUUUGACGAAUGUGGUUGGUCUUUCAAGAGGUGCAGAGAACCUUAGUCAAAUUUUGUUCUUGUUAUUUCAGUUCAAUUAGUAGGAAAUCAAAAGAUGGAAUGAAGAUCAUCGCAACAGCAUUUUUUGGAGUAACUUUCGGCUUUCUGAUUGGAAUAUCUUUUCCAUCUUUAUCAAUCACUAAGGUGAGUCUCCCAACAAACUUUCUUCCUUCAAACGAUCUCUCAUCUAUCGAGGAAAAGGGUUCGAAAAUUGCAACUCCAGAAAGUCAUAAAGCUUGGUCAUCAUCAAAGGGUAACGAUAGCAGCUCAUCAGUUCCAAUCGACAAAUCAAAGAUCUGGGUUCCUUCAAAUCCUCGUGGUGCUGAAAUGUUGCCACCGGGUAUGGUUGCUGCUGAAUCAGACUUCUAUUUGCGCAGAUUAUGGGGGUUACCGCAGGAGGAUUUGACCAGUGAACCAAGAUACCUCGCAACAUUUACAGUGGGUAUUAAUCAGAAAGCAAAUAUUGAUGCUUGUGUCAAGAAGUUUUCAGAAAACUUCACUAUUGUCCUGUUUCACUAUGACGGCCAAGUAACCGAGUGGGAUGAGUUUGAAUGGUCGAAGACUGCUAUACACAUUAGCGUGCGAAAGCAGACAAAAUGGUGGUAUGCAAAAAGGUUUUUGCACCCUGAUAUUGUAGCACGAUAUGAUUAUAUCUUCAUCUGGGAUGAAGACCUUGGGGUCGAGCAUUUUAACGCAGAAGAGUACAUAAAGAUGGUGAAGAAGCAUGGCCUGGAGAUUUCCCAACCUGGCUUGGAACCAAACCAGGGAUUAACGUGGCAGAUGACAAAGAGAAGAGGAGAUAUGGAAGUCCAUAAGAUAACAGAAGAAAGACCUGGAUGGUGCUCAGAUCCUCAUCUCCCUCCAUGUGCUGCAUUCGUUGAGAUCAUGGCUCCUGUAUUUUCAAGAAACGCCUGGCGAUGUGUGUGGCACGUGAUCCAGAAUGAUUUGGUUCACGGAUGGGGCCUUGACUUUGCACUCAGAAGAUGUGUUGAGCCUGCACAUGAGAAGAUAGGAGUAGUAGAUUCUCAGUGGGUAGUUCAUCAAUCUUUUCCUUCCCUUGGCAAUCAAGGUGAGGCAACGGACGGGAAAGCGCCAUGGCAAGGGGUAAGAGAUAGAUGCAAAAAGGAAUGGACAAUGUUCCAGAGUAGAAUGGCUAACGCAGAGAAGGAUUAUUUCAAAUCCUUACAAGUAGAAGGCUCCUCAAAUUCAACAGCAACAACUAUUUAAAAUAGGAGAGAACUUUAAGUAGCCACAAGCUGACAGAUUCAGUUUUACUAGUGCGAUCUUGCAUUUACAUAUAGAGUUCUGUAUAUGUUACCCAUCACUACAAAAUCAUCACCACCUUCCAUCGAAUAAAACAAAAAAGAUGAAUGUUUUGAUCCAGUAUAAAGCACUUGAGUAUAUCAAGAUCCAUUAUAAAAAAAAACUUGUGCAUCUA